AUGAAAGGUGUGCUGAGGUUUGGGAAAAAAGGGAAAUUGAGAUCAUGGUUCAUUGGACCAUUUGAAAUUCUUGAAAGGAUUGGUAGUGUGGCUUACCGACUUGCCUUACCACCCGAAUUGGUAGCAGUGCAUAAUGUGUUUCAUUUCUCAAUGCUUAGAAAAUAUGUUCACGAUCCCAAUCAUGUUGUAAGUUAUCGAACUUUGAAAGUACAAAAGGGCUUGUCAUAUGAAGAAAUUCCAAUGAUGAUUUUGGACAAAAAGGUGCAUCAACUCAAGAACAAAGAAGUUCCACUGGUCAAGGUGCAAUGGCGUAACCAUGGACUGGAUGAGUCAACAUGGGAAAAGGAGGAUGAGCUUAAAAUUAAGUAUCCAGAACUCUUCGAUUAG